AUGAGAGCUCCAAUGAGAGGAGGUCGUGGUGGAAGCGGCGGUUUCAGGGGUGGCCGUGGAGAUGGUGGCGGUAGAGGUAGAAGAGGAUUCAGCGGUGGUGGAAGAGGGGCUGGUGGUGGUAGAGGACGCGGUGGCGGCAGGGGACGUGGUGGUAGAGGUGGUGGGAUGAAGGGAGGGAGUAAGGUUAUAGUUGAGCCACAUAGACACGAUGGAGUAUUUAUUGCUAAAGGUAAGGAAGAUGCUCUUUGCACCAGGAACAUGGUCCCUGGAGAAGCUGUCUAUAAUGAGAAGAGGAUCUCUGUUCAGAUUGAAGAUGGAACCAAGAUCGAAUAUAGAGUAUGGAACCCAUUUAGGUCGAAGUUAGCUGCUGCCGUUCUUGGUGGUGUUGACAAUAUUUGGAUGAAACCUGGCUCUCGUGUGCUAUACCUUGGAGCUGCAUCUGGCACUACUGUUUCUCAUGUUUCUGAUCUUGUUGGCCCAACUGGAGUUGUUUAUGCUGUGGAAUUCUCUCAUAGAAGCGGUAGGGACUUGGUGAAUAUGGCCAAAAAGCGAACGAAUGUUAUUCCUAUUAUUGAAGAUGCUAGACAUCCGGCCAAAUACAGGAUGCUUGUUGGCAUGGUUGAUGUUAUAUUUUCUGAUGUUGCUCAACCUGAUCAGGCUAGGAUUUUAGCACUCAAUGCAUCUUAUUUCUUGAAAACUGGAGGCUAUUUUGUUAUAUCGAUCAAGGCAAACUGCAUAGAUUCUACGGUUCCAGCAGAGGCAGUAUUUGCUUCCGAAGUGAAGAAGCUUCAGGCAGAACUGUUUAAGCCUAUGGAGCAGGUGACCCUUGAACCCUUUGAACGAGACCAUGCUUGUGUGGUUGGAGCUUAUCGUGUCCCAAAGAAACAGAAAUCCGCAUCAUAGGGUAUGCAACGAUAUAUUUUUCUUGCAUUUUGUGAUUUAAGAGAAAUUUGCAGGGUCGAUAUAUGUACCAAAUUCAUAAGUUCAUGAUGUCAACUUGGUUCACUUUCACUCCAUAUUUCUUGAUUGAUCAAGUUGCUUGGUGCAUUGAGAUUUUGGUAGAAUUAUUAAAUUUGCAGCCACAUUGCUGUCCAAAACCAGUUGUUAGCAAAUAUGGGUUCUGGUUUUUAAAA